AUGUUAUCCAAGUGGUUCUGUCUGAUUCUCUUGAUCCUGGUAAUUCAGGACGGCAAUGCGAGUACCGGUUAUAUCGAUGUGACCAAAUACGACAUGACGUACUACGAUCCGACCACGCGAUUGGGACUGAAGGGUAAACUGGAAAAUGUCGGUCGUGAUCCUUUAUCUGGAGUCGCGUUUCGUGGCAUAGCAUGCAAUUGCGAGGGUCCCACGUGCAGUUGUUGCGCAGGGGUCAACAUUACUACCUUCAAUUUCGAUCGUCGUGCUUGCACCAAUUUCACUUACUUCCCGGAGGAUUUCGCCGUUAACGUCACAUUUAUGGUGAACGAUAAAGUGCUUCUGAAGACGGGUCUUCUAUCUGCUAAGAAUCCGGAGCCGAUCUGCAUGCCUUUCUAUCUUCCGUUUAUAUCUUUCUGCAUGCGUUUCUUCGAUAUCUACACGUCUGGCAAAAAUCUACAUGCCUGCAUGGAUCUCGAGACGCGUGUGGUGAACUGGCCGAUCUUGGUCCUGCAUUUCGAUUGCGUGAAGAUCGGCGCGGAUGGAAUCUCUUGGAUGAAACCUGAAGAUUUCAAUAUCCUCCAUGCGGAAGUAGGCAAGCCGGAGAUUUGCGGACCGGAAGAGUACGAUCACGUGGACUUUGAGCCUGAUUCCACCGAAACUCCGAGCAAUCAGACUUCGACUUUAACGCCCGAGGAAGAGGAUCACAUCGGCCAAUUAAAGCUGUGAUAUUUGUGUAAUUGCGUAACAAUG